CGUAGAAGAAGAAAACUGAGUAUGACACGAGCUUUCAGCUGAUUUAAAGUAUUUUUUGGGCUGAUUUAGAACAUACACUGUUUGGUUUCAAUUGCGAUUGGGCGACUGAAAGUGAACGAAAGACCGGACAAGAAAAUAAAACGUAAAGUUGUUCCUGACCAGUCCACUCUGGUUGUUUGUUUCUCCACAGCAGCACCUGCUGUGUAAAGCCUUCCUACCUGUGUUACUGCCUUCUCUGGUGGCAGUAAAACUACUAUAGGAGCUCAAAGAUGGACCAGAACAACAGUAUACCAGCCUUCCAGGGUCUGGCCUCUCCUCAGGGGGCCAUGACGCCAGGCAUGCCAAUGUUCAGCCCCAUGAUGCCAUAUGGCUCAGGCCUGACACCUCAGCCAAUCCAGAACACCAACAGUCUGUCUAUACUGGAGGAACACCAGAGGCAACAACAGCAGCAGCAGCAACAACAAGCUCAGCAGGCUAGCACAGGUCUUCCAGGUACAUCAGGGCAGACUCCUCAACUUUUCCAUUCCCAGUCAGUAACAGGCACGACUACCACAGCACUACCGGGCAACACGCCGCUCUACAACACCCCGCUGACGCCCAUGACUCCCAUCACACCCUCUACACCUGCUUCAGAGAGCUCUGGAAUAGUACCACAGCUACAAAACAUUGUGUCCACUGUAAAUCUGGGCUGUAAACUCGACUUGAAGACCAUUGCACUGAGAGCCAGGAACGCAGAGUACAACCCAAAGCGUUUUGCUGCUGUCAUUAUGAGAAUACGAGAACCCAGGACCACUGCCCUCAUCUUCAGCUCCGGAAAGAUGGUUUGCACUGGUGCCAAGAGUGAGGAGCAGUCAAGGUUAGCGGCCAGAAAGUAUGCCCGUGUUGUGCAGAAGCUGGGAUUUCCUGCCAAGUUCCUGGACUUUAAAAUUCAGAACAUGGUGGGCAGCUGUGAUGUGAAGUUCCCCAUCCGUCUGGAAGGAUUAGUCCUCACACAUCAACAGUUCAGCAGUUAUGAGCCGGAGCUGUUUCCAGGACUCAUUUACAGGAUGAUCAAGCCCAGAAUCGUCCUGCUUAUCUUUGUAUCUGGCAAAGUUGUACUCACGGGUGCCAAGGUGAGAGCAGAGAUCUACGAAGCGUUUGAAAACAUUUAUCCCAUCCUUAAAGGCUUCCGAAAGACAACGUAGAACCUGCAGUUCCAUCUUUUUUUCUUUCUUUUUUUUCCUCAUUCACACGGAAGAGUCGUCAAAAUGUUGACUUCUACAAGUGGACUGUUGUAAGUAAGGGCUGUUGUACAGGGAUGUAAUUUUAGUCACUUUUUACUUUUUGUUCCUGAAAGUUCUUUUUGUGGGGGUGGCAUAUUAAGGCCUUUUUUCUGUCCAGUUAAUGCAGACUUUUUCGCAAUUUUUCGGUGCUCCAAAUCAUCAUCAUGCUUGAUUGUUCAUAAAACUGUAAAGACAUGUUAAAAAGACUGGACAAGAGGCGUUCUGACUGGGAGUGUUGCCAUUUUGUUUAUUAUUUUAUUUUAUGCAGUUUUAAAUAGUUAUGCAUAUUGCAUUUUAAGAACUGGUCUGCCAAUUAUAUGAAAAUGUGUUCUGGUUAGACUACCAUUCCUGUUACUACAACUUUAGUUUCUCCCAAACCAGUCAUAAAUAAUGGAAACAGAUGUCUUUAAAAACAUGGGAUGUAAUAUAUUCCAAUCUGUAGUGAAAAUGUGGAUGCCCUUAAUCUUGAUACAAGGGAAAUUAUACCAGCACAUUCUGAGCUAUUAAGACACUGUUUCUGUGAAAUAAAUCAAAUACAGAAAGAAAAGAUAAUCUAUUUUUAUAUUUUGCAUCCUAAUUCUACUAGCACUAUAGGUCUGAUGGCAGGUAAACUAUGCACCAUGCUGCCAUAUAUUUUUUUUUUUUUUUUUUUUUUAAGUUUUUCAUUGUACUUUUUUGACCAUCUAAAAUUGUUUUAAACCUUUAACAUUCUAAUUUUAACAAAGAUUUUAACCAAGGUAAAUAAAAAUCUGUCUUGGUUUUCUCAGAAAUCCACGUUCAAUUGUCACUUUUUGGGCACUUGUUGGUGUUUUGUGUCACAGAUGUGUUCAACUGGACACCGCUUUGAGAAAAGUGUAAAAGUAUACCGAAUAACUCUUUUGAAGCUCUUUUAAUUGUUAAUGUGCUGCACUGUGCAUUAAUAAAUGUGUACAUACUGA